GUAAAAUGAAAAAGCAACUCUACCAACCCAAAAAUCAACUUAACACUUUGCCUAUUUAAAUCCCCAACUCAUGCACUUAUCCUCGCCAACACACCACAUGCAAUAAAACCCUAAUUUUGCAUAAAAAAAAAAAUUAAUAAUAAAAUAAAAAAAUGGAAACACAAGUGAUCUACUCCUCACUCCCCCUCCUCCUCCUCCUCACCCUACUCUUCACGGCCCGUCGACGCUCCCGGCCCGGCCCGAACCUCCCCCCAAGCCCACCGGGCUCCCUCCCCCUCAUCGGCCAUGUCCACCUCCUCAAAACCCUCGUCCACCGAACCCUCCACGACCUCGCUCGAGACGUGGGCCCCAUCUUCACCCUUCGCUUCGGCCGCCGCCCCGUCGUCGUCGUCUCCUCCGCCACCCUGGCGGCCGAGUGCUUCGACCGCCACGACCUCGUCCUCGCGACCCGGCCCGAAGCCUCCGUCGAUCGCAACUCGCUCGGCUUCGGGCCCACCACCGUCAUCGGGGCCCCGUACGGGCCCCACUGGCGGAGCCUGCGGAGGCUCUGCGACCUCGAAGUGUUCGGCACGACUCGACUCGCCUCGUUCCUUCCUGCGCGGGCCGACGAGCGCGACCGCAUGGUCUCGGGCCUUUACCGUCGGGCCGUGGAAAAAGUCCGGGCCGAGGUCGACGUUGAGGCCGUGAUCGUAGAGUUGACUUUCAACAAUAUCAUGAGGAUGGUGGCCGGGAAGAGGUACUACGGGGAGGAGGCGGAGGACGACGAGGAGGCCAAGAGGUUCCGGGAUUUGACCAAGGAGGCGCUCGAGUUGACCAGCGCGGCCAACCCGGGAGAGAUUUUCCCUGUCCUGAACUGGCUCGGUUUGAAUGGGCUCGAGAGGAAGAUGGCGAGUCAUGCUCGAAAAACGGACGACUUCAUGCGCGGGUUGCUCGACCAACACAGGCGGGCGCGCGGAGGAGAUACGAUGGUCGACCGUCUGCUAGCGAUGCAGGAGAAGGAUCCCGGUUACUACACGGACGAACUUAUUACCGGCCUCAUAGUCGCGUUGAUAAUUGCCGGGACGGAUGCAUCCGUAGUUACAACCGAAUGGGUGAUGACUCUUCUACUGAACCACCCGGAAGUAAUGGAAAAGGUCAGGCAAGAGCUCGACUCACACGUGGGCUCUGACCGAAUGGUCGAAGAACAUGACUUGCACAAUCUCCGCUAUCUCCAUUAUGUAGUAAUGGAGACACUGAGGUUGUACCCUUCGGUCCCGAUGCUGGUCCCGCACGCCCCAUCUAAGGACUGCGAAAUCGGGGGUUACACGGUUCCUAAAGGCACGAUGGUUUUGGUCAAUGCAUGGUCAAUCCACAGGGACCCCGCCACGUGGGACGACCCGUUGGCCUUCAAGCCCGAGAGGUUUGAGAAUUUGGAGGUGGAGAAUCACAAGCUUUUGCCGUUUGGGAUGGGGAGGAGGGCUUGCCCGGGGGCAGGAUUGGCGCAAAAGUUUGUGGGAUUGGCCGUUGGGUCGUUAAUACAGUGUUUCGAGUGGGAGAGGCCCGGCCCGCGAAAAAUCGACAUGGCGGAAGGUUCUGGAACGACUCUGCCUAAGGCCGAGCCGCUCGUGGCCGUUUGCAAGCCGAGGAGCGACAUGGAGAAGGUCUUGAAACGCAUUUCCUACAGUUCGUAAACGGAAAAAAUGUACACGAUGUCGUUUGUGAAAGAAAAAAAUAAAAAAAAGUUGGCAAGCAUGUUACGUAUGUCGGUUAGUGGUCCCGAGUUGUGAUUUAUCUUGUUUUACUCGUGCUAUGUUCAAUAUUGGAAGGUGUGUUUUGCGUUUAUUUCAUUCGUUCGGUCUGUAUGUGAUGUAAUAAUAAAGUUGCGAGAGGACAGUGUUGUUGAGUAGUUGUACUAUGUGAUGUAAUAUUGGUCUAAAUAUUGAUGAGGGAAAGAAAGUUUGUGUAGCAAAAUAUGAUGUGUGGUCUUUUGGAAUAUAUGUCUACAUAAAUUUCCACACAUGCGUGAUUCGACUGGUCU